AUGGGGUAUUUAAAGUAUUACCAUGGUCUUCAAUCAACAUCUCCAUUUAAAAGAGAUAAAACCUGGAAAGGUAUUAUUUUAUUAGCAAAGGAUCGUUAUAAUAAUCCAAAAGAAAAAGAUGAUGUAAAAGAAGAAGAUGAAGAAGAAGAAGAAGAGAAACAAGAGGAAGAAGAAAAAGACGAGGAGGAAGAGGAAGAAAAGAUACAACCAAAAAGAAAAAAGCCAGCAGAGAAAAAGAAAGAAUCAAAAUCAAACAACACCACAACAACAAAGAUGGAUAAGAAGAUUGAACAACCAAAAAAGAAAUCAAAGAAAUAA